AUGGCCGCCGCCGAAACCUCCUUGGCGUUUCAGGCACAGGAAAGCCGGGCCCGGGCUGGGGGCAGCAUGAGGGCCUUGAGUCUGCGGGGCCUGGGCCCUGUCACCAUGGACAGCUUCUUCUUCGGUUGUGAGCUGUCCGAGCAGGCUAGGUCCUACACCUUCAGGGUAGAGGAGGAGGACGACACGGAGCAUGUGCUGGCAUUGACCAUGCUCAGCCUCACAGAAGAUGCCAAGGAGGAGUGCAAUGUGGUGGAGGUGGUGGCCAGGAACUAUGACAAUGAGGAGAUUGCCAUCCCGGUGGCCAACCUGAAGCUGUCCUGCCAGCCCAUGCUCAGCCUAGGUGACUUCCCACUUCAGCCUCCAGUGACCUUCCGACUGAAGUCUGGCUCUGGGCCCGUGCAUGUCACCGGGAGGCACCAGAUUGUGUCAAUGGAAGGCAGUGAAUUCUCAGAAGAGGAUGAGAGUGAAGACCAGAAUCCAGAACUGCUGCCCAUUCUGCCUGCCAAGAAGCGUCAGGGAAGGUUAUAAUUGGCAAGGGCCCAAGGUUAUCUCUCCUUCCUAUUCACAAUGGCCUAGUUUCUCCAGGAUGUUUGGAAAGUUGUUUUUUUUUUUUAAAUGGUUUUCUUGAUUUCUCAUCUGCAAGAGAAUAGGGGCAGAAGCUGGUCUUAGAGACAAAAAGGAGGAACCCUAAAGGUGCCCAUUCCCACUACCCACCAGACCACCAUCCUGAGGCCCCAGGGUUUGGGGUGGAAAAUUGUUCUAGCACAAAUCUUACAUCCUCCUUCCCAGAUCUCUUUGCUCUAGGCUUUUCUUGCCCUCAUCUAGGGUGAAAGCUGAGAUUAGAAGAUAGUGGGGCCCUAUAAAGAAAGCAGAAAAACAAAGAUUUUCCCUUCCUUGACCUUGUCUCCUUGGUGGGGCAGAUGGACAGUGAAAUGAUUUUAUUCAUAAAUUUAAUUCAGUAUUUCUAGAUACUUUUUUACAUUUUUGGAAGAAGUUGAAAAUAAAGUGACU